GGACGACUGUCUUGAGUACGGCCGCGCCUGGAUAGCUCAACAGGUCGAAUCCCCCGAACACUAUCCAGUCCCCUUUUUCCGUCACCUCUCCGGACCAUCGGCAUUGUUAGAGAGAGCUCCGGGUACCUUACCGCGUCAUCUUGCCCUCGCCCGCACACAUACGUGAGAUAUCUGGGGAGAGAGGAAUCGAUACUCUGUAUACCGUACUCCAUCAACUCCAGGUCUCAGAAUCUGGUUCCACGUCCGCCCUCCCACGACGACCUCAAUCCUCCUCCUCUUCAAGGCUGCUCAAUCUUUGAAUACCGACCCUCACGAUGGCCAAGGUCCGCCGGAACAGCGCCAUCACCGCGGCCGUCUGUUACUUCAUCGCCAUCAUCUUCCUCAUCCUCGUCAUCAUCGGCAACACCUCCAUCAAGCCCGUACUCACUGACAUUUACUUCUUCAAACUCGAUGUCUCCGACAUCAUCCCCCUCUCCUCGGCCAACGCCGUCCUCCUCAACUCCGUAGCGCGUAGCUUGGGACUCCACGACUUUUACCAAGUCGGUCUCUGGAACUUUUGCGAAGGCUACAACGAUGAGGGCGUCACGUACUGCUCAACACCCCAGCGGAUGUGGUGGUUCAACCCAAUCGAGAUCCUCACCAACGAGCUCCUCGCCGGCGCCACAAUCGCCCUCCCCUCCGAGGUCAGCACCAUCCUCAACAUCCUCCGCAUCGGCCAGCAGGUCAUGUUCGGCCUCUUCAUCGCGGGCAUCUCCCUCGCCGCCGCCCUCCUCAUCGUCACCCCGCUCGUCAUGCGCUCGCGCUGGUGGAGCCUCCCCAUCGCCAUCUUCGCCGGCCUCACGGGCCUCUUCGUCACCGUCGCCUCCAUCAUCGGCACCGUCAUGAGCGUCGGCGCCAAAAUCGCCCUCACACAGCAGUCCGAGCUCAACAUCAACGCCGUGCUCGGCGUGCGUAUGUUCGUCUUUAUGUGGCUCGCCAGCGCCCUCGUCGAUUUGGCCGCUAUUCUUCACAUGGCUAUGGGCUGCUGCUGCUCUCCUAGGAAAGAGAGGGAGGCUGCCGCUGCGGCGGCUGCUGCUGGCGGGGCGAACGAUACGCCGGAGAAGACGACCAACACGACCGAGAGCGGCGAGAAGUCAUCGAGGUUGCCUGCUUUUAUGAGGAAGCGCAGCCCGAGGUCGUCGACGUCGUAAAUAAUGUUGCAUGGGGUGUGUCGUCAUGUCGGCGAGCAUAAAGGAAUAUCGGCGAGGUUUGACCUUGCUGUACCGUACAACCUCAUCCGAACCGUUGUACGCGGAUGGUAUGUGCUAUGUAUGGUUAUGCGGAUGAAUCAUCGAUAUCAGCUGGCAUGAGAGGCCCCGAAUUCGACAGGAACAAAGGAUUUGAAAUUGAGCAACGGCGUUGGUGGAUUAUGGGU